AUGGCAUCCGCAUCCCCUCCCGCUCUACAAUCUGACAUCCGCCCACCACCAUUAAUUGUCGAAUCUCCAGAGAUAAAAAAAAACACUCUUAUUCUUCUCCAUGGCACAUCAUCUAAUGGAACAGCAUUCGCCAAAGAAGUUGUAAAUCUGGUUCACUUUGAUCUAUUACUCCCGUACACUAAACUUAUUUUCCCAUCGGGAAGUCUGAAGAAGACUACUGUAUUUGGUGGAAAAUUAACCCAUGCUUGGUUCGACAUUACCGAUUUUGCAGACCGGACGAAAGGAGAACAACAACAGAAGGAGGGAUUGAAGGAAAGCGUGGAAUAUCUUGGUCAGCUAGUCCGGGAUGUAGUGGAAGAUAAAUCUCGUGAUGGAAGGUUCGAUGUGUUUGUUGGAGGUAUGAGCCAAGGAUGUGCUAUGAGUUUGAUUUUGUUGUUGAGUGGGGAGUUGGAUAGAUUGGGGUUAUCGCGGAAGCUUGGUGGGUUUGUGGGGUUUAGUGGAUGGUUACCUUUCAGGAGACAAUUAGUUGAGGUUGCUGCUGUUGGGAAAGAUUCGAUGGAGAAGAGAUAUCUUGUUCAAGAGUGGUUGAGGAGUGAGUUAGGUCUUCCACCUGCAGCGCCUCUAGAUAGCACAGAGUCUUUAGGAAAAGACAUGAGAAUUUUCUUGGCUCAUGGGACUGGUGACGGGAAAGUAAAGCCAGAAUGGGGUGAAGAUAUGAAGAAGAUCUUGGAGGCUGUUGGGUAUAAAGUUGAGUGGAAAUUGUAUGAAGAUUUAGGACAUGUCGUUGUGGCAGAUGAAUUGAAUGAUAUGGUGGGUUUCAUAAAGCAGAACUCAAGGGUGCAAAAUGAUGCCAUUGAAGAGAUCCUUGUCGCCGAGCCUACUGCAUCUCCUUCAAGUAUCUAG